CUCCAGAACCCGUUCGUCCACUCCCCUCCUGACUGUCACAGUUUACAGUGUCAGACCCUGCCAAGGUCCGCCGUAGUCGCGGGUCAGUGCUCUCUGGAGCCAACCACUAAGCACAGAUAUUAUAUUCGCAGCCCAGCAGGAUGGGCACAAUUCACUAUAUGUUAUGUGUCGUCUUCGUUCUGGUGUCUGGCUGGACGGUCCACGCAGAACAAGACUCAAAAAUAGUGUGCUACUUCAGCAACUGGGCCAUCUACAGGCCGGGCCUGGGUCGCUACACCAUCGAUGACAUCCCCGCCGAUAUGUGCACCCACCUCAUCUACUCCUUCAUAGGAGUCAGCAACGUCACUUGGGAGGUGCUCGUUCUAGAUCCAGAGGUUGAUGUGGAACAGAAUGGCUACAAGAACUUCACGGCACUGAAGGCGAAAAUCCCGGGACUGAAGACCUCAGUGGCAGUGGGAGGAUGGGGUGAAGGAGGCCGCAAGUACUCGGCGCUUGUCUCCAUGAAGGAGAGGAGAGACUCCUUCAUCCGCAGCGUGGUUGAGUUCAUGCACAAGUACGACUUUGAUGGGUUCGACCUGGACUGGGAGUACCCGGGCGCGGCGGACCGAGGAGGAAGCUUCAGUGACAAGGACAAGUUCUUGUUCUUCGUGGAGGAGCUGCGGAGGGCCUUCAUCGCCGAGGGCAAGGGCUGGGAGAUCACAAUGGCAGUCCCGCUCGCCAAGUUCCGUCUCAACGAGGGCUACCACGUGCCCGAACUGUGCGAAUUGCUGGAUGCUAUCCACGUGAUGGCCUAUGACCUAAGAGGCAACUGGGCAGGGUUCGCUGAUGUACACAGUCCGCUGUAUCGCCGGCCUAGCGACCAGUACGCCUACGAGCUGCUCAACGUGAACGAUGGGUUGGAGUUAUGGGUGAGUUUCGGCUGUUCCCCGGACAAGCUGGUGGUGGGUGUGCCGUUCUACGGCCGCUCCUUCACCCUGAGCGCUGGCAGCACCAGCUACGCGCUGGGCUCAUACAUAAACAAGGAGGCUGGAGGCGGUGCUCCGGGCAACUACACCAACGCCAAGGGAUUCCUCGCCUACUACGAGAUAUGUGACUAUCUGCAAGAGGAAGACGGCGGAUGGACCGAGAAGUGGGACGACGUGGGAUUCUGCCCCUAUGCGUACAAAGGCACUCAGUGGGUCGGGUUUGAGAACGAGAAGAGUCUUCAGAUCAAGAUGGACUGGAUCAAGCAGAAGGGGUACGCAGGGGCGAUGACGUGGGCUAUAGACAUGGACGACUUCAACGGCGUGUGUGGCCCAAAGAACCCACUGAUCCAGGUGCUUAACAAGGGCAUGAGAGGGUACGUUGUGCCAACUCCUACAAUCACCACUACGCCCAGGCCUGAGUGGGCAAGGCCACCCAGCACACCGUCGGCAGAUGGAGUUAAACCAACGAAAAGACCAACUCAUAAGCCGAAACCUAAACCGAAGCCGACCCGAAAACCAACAACUCCAAAACCGACAACCGAGGAACCUCCGGUAGAAAACCCAUUGCCAGAGGAAAAUGUACCAGAGGAACCGAUGGUUAAACCACCCAUGCCUGAGAAGCCAAAGCCUAAGCCUCCAGCCGCAGAGAAACCGAGGCCUCCCAAACCAACCAGACCAAUCGGAGAACCUACCGAGGGAUGUCCCUGCGAACACGAGCCAGCGACGACCAGCAAACCCGUGGCUACCACGACACGGCGCCCACACACGACCUCUAGACGUCCUGCCACGACCACAGAGGAGGCCGAGGAGCCGGGGGAGGUGAUAGAGGCUGAGGAACCUCCUGCGGGCGAGACACAGGCCGACGUUGACUGCUCCAACGACGGGUUCAAGGCACACGCCAAGUGUAACAAGUACUACCAGUGUGUACACGGACAAGCGCUCGAAUUCGAGUGUAAGCUAGGAACAGUUUGGAACACGGAGAUUAACAUUUGCGACUGGCCUGAGAACUCUCGUCGCCCAAACUGCCGGACCUUCUACAAUCAAAAGAAAUGAAUAUCUGACCCCAGGAUGGGUUAAUUUGACAAAAACAGAGUCUUUUUAAAAUGAUUAUCUUCAUCAUCUAAGUUCUAAGUACAGAGUUUAGUCAAACAUACAAUGUAGUCAAAAUAGUAAUUAUUAUCUACUUAAGAUACUGUGCCAUAUUGUUAAGCCAAGUCUUAUUACAUGUAGUGAUAAUACAGUGUUUCAAUAACAAUGAAGACUCAAUUUUGAAUUAUUGCAUUGUUUGUAACAUUUCUUGAGUGCCAUAUAAUAAAUAGAAUGUCAGAAA